AUGAGGUUGCCCUGGGUUGCAAGGCGGAGGAAGCCCACAAGCGAGCAGGCGGCGCUUGAGCGGGAGAAGAGUAAGGAGCGGGAGUUGGAGUUAGAGAAGGGGAAGGAGAAGGAGAACUUGGGUGAAACUGAUGAGGCCAUGGAUGAUGCGGAUGGCGACGCUGAUGCGGAAGGGGAGUUGGAUGAAGAGGAGGUGGAUGUUAGUCCUCCGCUGGUCACUAAGCGCGCUGCGACAGUUGGCGCUGUGGCGGGUAGGAGGAAGCCAUCAAAGACUCCUCGCACUGUCGCGCCAGUAGUGCAUCCUGUCCCUUGCGCUUGGUGCGUGAAGGUUAAGAAGCCUUGCGUCGGCAAGCCAGGCAAUUGCUGCGAACUUUGCAAGGAUGCCCGCAAGAAAUGCGAGUAUUCCACCCACAGGCAUGGAGUCGCAAAGGAGAGGGCUGCCGCUCGCACUGUUGCGGCACAGGUGGUGGUCAAGGCACCUUCCGCUCCCGCUCCAAGUUCCUCUGCGGGGAGGGGUGUCCUUAUCUGCCAUCCUAGGAAAACUCCUGAAGAUGCGACUUCCGCUAAUUUGGAAGAGGAGGAAGAGGAGGAGGAGGAGGAAGAAGAGUUGGUAGAAGACUCACGAAAGUGGAAGUCGUCCGACAGUUGGGAGGUGGAAUCCGACCUCCUGGCGGAUGCUGAUGGUGACGAGGAAGACCUCCACCUGGAAGGUAAAGUGCGGGCGCUAUAUGCCAAAAUUUUGACUAUGCAAGGGAUGCUCAUGGAGAUGAUGACAGAAGUGGAUUCUUUGGUGGUAUGCUGCAAGAAGAGGAGGAGGAUCCAGUAG